CAAAGUUUUAUUUAUUGUAUUUUAUUUAACCUUUAUUUAACUAGGCAAGUCAAUUAAGAGCAAAUUCUUAUUUACAAUGACAGCCUACCAAAAGGCCCCCUGUGGGGACAGGGGCUGGGAUUAAAAAUAAAUACAUAAAAUAACAAUAUACGACAAAAUACACAUCAUGACAAGAGCGACAACAGUACAUAAAGACAGACCUAAGACAACACCAUAGCAUGGCAGAAAAACAUGAUAACACAGCAUGGUAGGAACACAACACGACAACAACAUGGUAGCAACACAACAUGGCAGCAUUACAACAUGGUAGUAGCACAAAACAUGGUACAAACAUUAUUGGGCACAGAAAACAGCACAAAGGGCAAGAAGGUAGAGACAAUAAUUCAUCACACAAAGCAGCCACAACUGUCAGUAAGAGUGUCCAUGAUUGAGUCUUUGAAUGAAGUACAGGCACAUUGCAGAUUCAGACAACGUUCAUCCAUGUCUAAGGACAUUGGGAGAUAAUGUGGACACCGACCACUAGGAGCAGCAGUGAGCGCUGUGACCUUCAAUUAGCGUUCAGUUGUGCUAGGGAAAGGUGGAUAGAGAUGGCAGAUAGGCAUAAGCAUCUGCCUCUAAUUAGCCAAAGGUUACAAGUUGAAAUCCAGUGAGUGAAAGCUGUUUUUGAGCUUUAUGUGUGAAGCCUAUCCCAAACCUUAACCCUUACUUGAACCAUUCUGAGUUAAUGACUAACCUUAAGAUUUUGGAGCUAAUGCCUAAACUUUACCCUAACCUUAAAAAUUCAGAGUUAAUGCCUAAAUCUAGCCUUAAACACUUCAAAAUGUUAUGUUUGCAACAACUUAAAAAUGUGAUGUUUGAGAAACAUGGAUGAACGUCUAAUUUUGACGUGAGACUGUGAAAGUUCGUUGUCUGAAUCUGCAAUGUGCCUGAACCUCUGUAUAUCUUGCCACAAUAUCAGUACAUUGGCUUGUUCUGUUUCCACUCCAGGAGGAUGAGACAGGCCAUGUUCUUUCUCUUGCUGGCUCUUCUAGUAACACCAUCUGGUGACAUUGUUCCAAAAAAUCUUGCCUUGUGGGGAAAAGCUACACAGUCAGACCUUGUCGAUAACCCAUAUAACGGUUGGAGUCAUGCCUCUAAUGCCAUUGACGGGAACCGCGAUUCACAUUUUUAUCAUGGGUCUUGCACUCACACUGACAGUCAGACUAACCCCUGGUGGAGAGUGGACCUGCUUGAUACCUACAUAGUCACCUCCGUCACCAUCACCAACAGAGGGGACUGCUGCCACACAAAUAUCAACGGUGCAGAAAUUCGCAUUGGGAAAUCCUUACAGGAUAAUGGCAUUCACAACACACUAGCUGGGGUGAUUACCUCCAUUCCAGCAGGUAGAUCUCUACUGAGUUGGAACAAAGGUAUUGAAGGACGUUAUGUGGCUGUGGUUCUACCAAAGACAAGCACUCUAGUACUCUGUGAAGUGGAGGUUUAUGGGUACCUCGCCCCAACUGGAAAGAAUGUGGCUCUACGGGGAAAAGCCACCCAGUCGUCAUUGCAUGGGUUUGGGUUUGCUUACAAUGCCAUUGAUGGGAACCGUGACAAUGCUAUGGAACAUGGCUCCUGCACUCACACUUCUGGUGACCUUAACCCCUGGUGGCGAUUGGACCUGUUUAAUACCUACAAAGUGUUCUCCAUCACCAUCACCAACAGAAAGAAUCUUUCUUAUUCCAGCAGACUGAAUGGUGCUGAGAUCCGUAUUGGAGACUCCUUGGACGACAACAAUGGCAACAACAAUCCCAGGUGUGCUGUGAUCUCCUCUAUUCCAGCGGGCUUAUCCAGCACCUUCCAGUGUAACGGAAUGGAGGGUCGAUACAUCAACGUGGUCAUUCCAGGAAGGAAGGAGUACCUGACCCUGUGUGAGGUGGAGGUCUAUGGGUCACCACUGGACUGACAGAUCCAGAGCAUUUAUUCCUAAAACUGAACGUGAAGCGCAGGACACACUGUUUUGUGGGCUUAAUAUGCUUAGAUAACUUAUAUGUAGGUAGCAUUCUCUCUGUAAGGAAAAGCCAUGUUGAAAUUCAUUUAACAGUUUAGCUUUUUACUUUCACAUGGUAAAUAUAGGUAUAUUGAGUACAUUCAUUUAGAUCCGUUUUAUUGUAACUGUACAUACUGUAACGGCUCCUAACAUUGUACUGUAUUGUAUGUUAAUGUA